AUGGCCUGCGUCACGAAGCUGCCCGACCCCGAGAAGAUCAUCGUUAGUGAAGCGAGCGCGCUCCAGCGGGCCGCGGCGCUCGACGAGUACGGUGAGGACGUUGCCAGCUACUCCAAGCGCCUCGACGAGAAGCCCGCGGACUGCGCGACGCUCUGCAACCGGGCCUUUUGUUAUGUCAAGCUCGGGAAGUUCGAGGACGCGCGCAGGGACGCCGAGGCCUGCAUCGCGGCGGACGAAUCGUUCGCGCGCGGGCACACGCGCCUCGCGCAAGCGCUGGAGCGGAGCGACCGGCCGGCGGCGCUGCGAGCCUGCCGCCGGGCGCUUAGUCUAGAUCGCGACGACGCCAUGGCGCUGAAGCUGCUGACGACCCUGGAUCUGGACGUCGCCGCCGGCUUGCGAGUCAAGAAGCGCCUCGCGGACGCGGUCGAGGACCGGCGCGACGCCGUGCGCGGCGCCCUGUCCAAGGGCGAGGCGGCGCCCUUCUGCAAGAAGUGGGCCAAAUUGGAUGAGAAGAGCCGGAAGCAAUUGGUGGAAAGGAUGCUCACGCGGGCCUUCAACGAAAUAAAAGGCUGCUUCCAGGAGGCCUUCUGCCCCGCCCAGGGCGACGUCUGCGAGACGGCCGACGACCUGCCCAAGACCAAGCAGGUCGAGGUCAUGCGCGAGCUGCUGGCCGUCUAUGCGGUAUGUACUGCGGAUUUGACGCACGACGACGUGCUGCGAUUGAGCGCGCCGCGGCGCGUGCCCGUGGACACGCGCGACCCGUCGAAGGAGGACGACGACGACGCGUGGGACGAGGACGGCGAGCCGGCGAUGAUGCGCGUGAUUAGGGACGCGGCGCGGGGCAAAGAAGUGGAAGUCCAGGGCUGCGGGCCGGUGAUGCGUCGGCUCAUGGAACUCUACCGCUUCCGGCCCCGCGGGGCACCCGCGCCAGGCGGACCUGAGCCUGGGUCUGAUCGAGGCGCAGCGGUCGACGCUGUGCUUGGUCGUGGCGCACAUGCUGUUGGGGGCGACGGCCUGCCGACGCUGUCGAUCCCGACGAAGGCCUUCCUCGACGAGGCGCUUGGCCGAGCUUCGAAGGAAAUGAACCCGCCAGCGCCCGGUCAAGGACGUCGUCGCGAAGAAGAAGGGCGCGGCGAAGCCGCCGGCGCCGCCGAAGGCGGCGGAGGAGGACCUGGACGCCGUCGAGGCGGGCACGGACGGCCACAUCGUGACGCCGGUCGACGACGGUGGCCCGGGCGACGGCUGGGCGCAGGCGGAGGCCGCGGAGCCCGUCGAGAAGCCCUUGACCAAGGACGCCGACGAGCUCGCCGAGUUCGAGAAGUGGGCCGCCGGCGACGAGGGUGCGUUCGAUCCAAACCAGUACAAGGACGCGCCGCCCACGAACGACGAGGACUACAGCGACGACGACGAGUUCUUCGAGGAGGAGGACGCGCGGCGGCGCGUCGGCCCCGCGCGCAAGGGCGCCGACCCGACGGCGCCCGCCGCGACGCGGCGCCCGAACCGUCUGUCCACGUCGGCCGCGGACGCAGACGAGGCCUUCCGAGUCGCGGCGGCGAUUGCUGAGCAGCGAAACCACUCGGACUCGAGCGACGGCGAGACGGUCAGCGACUCGGAGGCGUCCCAGUAGCGUUGUAAGAGUCGUAAGAGUCCCUAGCGCGAUGAGGUACUAGCAUAUUUCUUUGGCAGCUUGUUUAUCGCGAGUUGAGGCACUUUAAGGACGUAAUGAUGCUGAGAUAGGCAGCAAAAUAUAGUCCUGUACACCCUUCGUGCUGUGACAAGCUCGCUCUGCCAGCAAGCGCCUUCUAACACUAUCUCAGUGCUGCUCUCCCUGCUCUGAGUUGAUCGCCGCGCUCGAACCCACUCCAGCUACCGCGUGGACAAAGAAUGCGAGAGGACGCCGACGCCGACGAAGUCACCGCGCUCCUCCAGCUCCUGGCGACCGUCCCGAACGUCAAGGCGGCCGCCGCGCGGCGCGCAAGGCCGUCGAGGCCGAGGGCGGCGGCCGGUCGCCGCGGCCCUCGAUCGCCGUCACGCGCGGCGCGCGCAGCUUUUCCGGCGACGACGAGGGCGAGAAGCCGGCGGCGGCGCACGAGCGCCGCAUCGAGGCGCUGCGGCGGCGGCUGCUCCUCGAGGACGCCGCGCGCGCCGCCGCCGCCGCCGCCGUUGCCGCCCUCGGACCUAAAGCCGACGACGGAGCUCGAUUUGGCCGCGCUCGGGACGGCGCCGGCGGCGGCGAGGAGGCCGGGCCCGCGAAGGCGAUGGGCGAUCCUGCGAAACGGAGGGCGAGCGCCUUCGAGCGCGGCGCAUUGGUCAAGACGAUCCGGAACGACUUCUGGCACCAGUUCGCGAGGGCCCUGGACCGGGGCGACCUGAGCCCGUGCUCGCUGCCGCCGCCGGGCGGCGCCGGCAUGCGUUUAUUCGGGCGGGCCUACUCGUCGUCCUGCGGCGUCGUGCUGGCGCGGAAGAAAUUACAUCUCCCGCAGGAUGUCUGGUGCUGGCCCGCCGGCUUCUUUGCAAAAACAGAAUUCAGCACGGGCCGCAAGAAGAGCGAGAGCCUCGAUUCCAGUAGUUCGUCGUUCUUCGUGGCCGACGAGCUGCGGAGGAACGCCGUGCCGCUCGAAAAGCUGGAACGCAUGGCGAUCCGCAAGGAGUACGUCCACUUCGGCGAGACGCGCGCUUCCACCGAAGUGGCGCCCUACAACGAGGUCCUCGCGCCGGUGACGCGCGAGGCCGUCGUGGCCGUCUUCGCGCGGACGACACGGCCCGACCAUUUGUUGUUGGCGAUGGCUGCCAGAGAUUUGCUCGCUGUCGCGUCGGACACGGCCCUGCCGCUGCUCGUGCUGGAUGCCGGCGGUGGCGCCGACGCCGUCGAGUUCACGGCUGAUCAACAGGCGGGGCUCCUCGCCAAGCUCGCCGACGCGAAGCCGUCGUUCUGCCUGCGGCCGCACGCCGACGUGCCGCCGCUGCGCCACGCGCCCGGGGCCCUGGACGCGCAGCUCGUGGCCCACGGCGCCUACGGCCUCGCCGACGACGUGCUCCACGCUUUACUGAGAUCCGCGCCGGCGCCGGCGCGGGCCGCCCGGGACGCGCUCGCGCACGCGGUGCGCGCCGACAACGCCGAGGCCGCGCGCGCCGUGGCGGGGGUGGUGGGGGCCGAACUGUCGACCUUCGCCGCCGACGAGGCCUGCGCGCCGGGGUCGGUCCGCCACGCGAGCGACCGGUGCCUCGUCGCGAGCGGCGCCGUCGCCGCGCUGAUCGCGUGCGCGUCGGGCGCGCUGGCCAAGCGGUCGCGCGACGCCGUGGCGUUACUCGACGCGUGGCUCGAAAAGGCGGAUCAAAGCCUGGCCUUCCGCCUGGCGGCGUACCGCGACGCGUCGAAGACGGCCGGCGACAAGGAGGGCUCGCUCCACGCGCCGCAACUGACGGCCUUUGCGGGCGGCCGCGCGCUGGCGAAUCGGCGUGCGUUCCGCGACCGGCUCGCGUCGCUGGCGCGGAGCGACGGCUCGGCCGUCGACGCGGCGCCCGCGAAGCUGGCGGAACUCGCGGCGCUCGCGUCGUCGUUCCACCGGCCGUCGCUGCGCCUCGAAUUGUUGCAGUUCGUGCUCGGCCUCGAGGACGCGGCGGCCUGGUCGGUAGAUCGGCUCGCCGGGGCGCUGGAACUCGCCGAGCGCGUCGUCGUGGCGAUGCCGCGGCAGUCGUCCUUCCAGGAGCUCGAGGGGCUCACCCGGCGGCCGGACCGCGGGGCCGUCGACGAUUGAUGCUCUUCCUGCUCCUUUUCGGCACCCCGAUCGCGGGGUGUCCGAUCGAAGCACACACAGAAUACUGGUGCUAUGCUGGUACUGUAAGAAGCCUGUUUGUUUGA